GUGCCAGGCCCGGCCCGGUGGCUCAGUGGACCAUGUGGCUGAGGAAUGCUUCCAGUUCGUGCAGGACCUCGCCCUGGACAUGGCCCAGUUCCUAGUGAACGCGGUUGGGAAGACUGAGGGAGCGUUACUUCUGGACGAGUGUCAGAUCCCCCUGAAGGAGUGUGAGAGGUUGGAUGAUACUCUGGCUCUUGCUCUUAGACAUCUGCCUCUGCCGGCGGGCUGGAGCAUCCUGGGCACAGACUGGGACACGGGCACUUGCACUUGCACAGGCUUGGGAAUUGAACCUGGACCACAAGACACACUUCUGCACUUUGCUGCAAAGCGCGGGCUACGCAAGGUAGCACUGUUUCUCCUCCAGCAACCUGGAGGAAGAGAGGCCCUCCGACUUCCCAACAAACAGGGUCGUACGCCGGCCAGGGUCGCCCAGAAGAAAGGCCAUACGCAGCUCCAGAAACUGCUGACGGAGGUUGACAAUCUGCCUGAGUUGGAGACGAAAACAUCCAAGUGGCGUUACCCAGAAGGCAGAGCUCUGCGACACCACCCCAAGCUAAACACUUACACCCUGACGCUAGAGGAUGUGCCAGGGAGUCCCCCACCUAGCCUUCAGUGUGAUGUGGAGGAGCUCCAACGCCUCAUUCAGUCACAUCAGAAGGAAGAUCCUCCGCCACAGCAUAAGCCAGCACUGCUGAUUCUUAACCGAAACUCCAGUGAUAGAACAGAGCCUGCUGACUGCGUACCAGCCAAUUCACUGGAGCCUGAGCAUCAGGAACCCAACUCUGAACAAGAAGAAACCUGCGAAUCGAACAGCUCUGCCUCUGCCGUUGAGGAUGGACUGUGUAUUCGUCAAAACGGCACAGGAAAUCAUGUCCAAUCACAGGACAGGGAGGUGGAGCUUGACCCGCCACCUGUAGGGGAUACUGGCAAGGCGUCAGAUAAGACUGACUGUUCGCAGCAGCGGGUAGAAGGCGAUUCUGUGACAUUCAGUGCCCCUUCCUGUGGAAACCAGCGGGAGGAAGCUGAUAUAGAACUCUGCGUAAUCAGUGCCAAACAGGGGGCUGCUUCACAGCCUGAUAAAGGGAACCAAAAAGAGCAGGAGGCUUGGCAGAGGAGUUUACAGACUGAAAAAGACAAUAACGCUCAAUCUGGCAACCUUGAGUCCCAAGACAUGGGCCACGCACAAUCUCAGGGUCUCCUCCCCACGGAAACUAGUCAGCCUUCACAAAGAGAGGAGGAGAGCGAGGGGAGUGCUGAUCUAAGUUGGCGAGGGGACUUACCAGAGGAAAGGGAAGGGGAGACGAGUAGCAGCCAGGAAAUAAGCUUAAACUCUAAAGCACUUUCUUCCCAUUAUCCAGAGGAAAACGGUCAGCACGACGAAAAGUUUGAGCCCAAGCUGCCUACGGAAUGCUCGGUGGGAACAGACGAAGCUAAACUGACUUUAAUUCAGGUAAAUUCUGAGGUUACCUCAUCCGUACGAAAUGAUGAAACUGUUAUUUCUGAUGGUGUUGACAAGCCACAUGGUAGCCUAGAGACAGAGACAGGAAAUCUUAGCGAACACACCAAAGGCAACACUGAGUCAGUUUCUGGUUUGGUUACGGAUGACGUUAGCAUAAAGCAGAACUCUGGAUUUAGCAUUUCAGGAGGUGAUCCUUUGGAAUCGUUAAGUCUCCAGCCAAACAUGGCACCAGGACCGGUGCAUAAGGUUAGACGAGGGCUCUCACCUGUUCCUGAGGCUUCUCCUCAUGAAGGUCCAGCUGUGGAGCCCUUGUCUGAGACUACAGAAGGUUUUCAACAGCCACACCAAGUCACACAAUCUUCAGAAACUGCAUUAGAAUGUCAGGAGAUUUUGAAUGACUCAGACUGUGACAUCAGUGCAAUAGCAGGGGUUUCUGUUGGCAUCACUGCAGAGGUUUCAUCUCGCCAGAUUGCCGGGUCUCUACCUGAUGGAAGCAAGGAGGAGGUAGCCUCUAAUGAAAGGAUAAACCACCCUAAGGAGAUCUUUGAAGAGCAGGAAUCAAUUGAUGACAUUGUUGUCUCACAGUUGGAUGACGAAUCCAAAUCUUCUGAUGAAUCUUCUCUGCCUGUUGACUCUGAAGCCUUUAUCGUAAGUGAUUUACAACAGGAUGUGUCUACGAUACUGUCUUCUGAACAUUGUGGAGUUGAUAUAAUCAUAGGAACUCCUUUCGGAGGAGAAGAGGCAUCUGAAACAUUUGUUCAGCCAGACUCUACGUCCAAACUGGUUGAGCAGAUUCCUGAGGAAUAUUCUGGAGAUACCACAAAUGAAAAUCAAAUUUGUGAGCCAGGGGAACCAUCGGUUCUAGUGUCAACUUUGCAAGGUGAACCGGGAUUUAAAGAUGUUGCUCCAGAUGACCCUCUACAGGAAAGGGAAAUUGACUCCACUUCACAGGACACAAUCAACAAGCUUCUUGAUCUGCCGGAAAUCACACACAAUGAUUGUCCUGAAUCCAAUGCACAGUUCCAGCUCCCAGAAUCCUCCAAAGAGAGUGCAAACACACCAUCAGAACCUACUGCUGAAUGUGUGAAUGACCUAGACCUAUCUUGUGCCUCGCCCCUAAGCCAAGGCAGCAGACCUUCUGAGACCCCCUUCACUGAUGGAGUAAAGAUCUCUGCUGUAAUUCCUGGUGGGGUUGAAUGUGUUGACAUGGCUACCGAUAUGUGUGAGACGACUGUCUCGGGGGACAGCCCAUGCUCUCCCAUGGACACCAGCAGAGGUUCAGUUCUGGAGAGCUCCUCCAUGCCUGACCCACUCAAUGCCUCAUCCUCAACAGCUGAGCUCACUUCCCCUUUGGAUAUUAAUAGUGGAUUGCACCAGGAUUUGGAACACACUUCCCCAGUGGAUAUAGACAAUGGUACACCAUCAGAACCUACUGUUGAAUGUGUGAAUGACCUUGACCUGUCUUGUGCCUCACCUCUAACAGAAAGCCAAGGCAGCAGACCUUCUGAGACCCCCUUCACUGAUGGAGUAAAGAUCUCUGCUGUAAUUCCUGGUGGGGAUGAAUGUGUUGACGUGGCUACCGAUAUGUGCGAGACGACUGUCUCGGGGGACAGCCCAUGCUCUCCCAUGGACACCAGCAGUGGUUCAGCUCUGGAGAGCUCCUCCAUGCCUGACCCACUCAAUGCCUCAUCCUCAACAGCUGAGCUCACUUCCCCUUUGGAUAUUAAUAGUGGAUUGCACCAGGAUUUGGAACACACUUCCCCAGUGGAUAUAGACAAUGGUUUGUCUGAGGAACUGCAGCCUUCAGAAACACCUGAGAGCCUGAAUGGAUUACAUCAAGAUUGUUUGAUGGAUCACAGUGAAACUCUUCAGCAGUGUGCAGAGGAACCACCUGUCGAACAAAUGGCAGUUGACGGCGCUUUAGCAGAGGAUGCGGUGGACGGACACCAAGACUCCUCAGCAGACAUAGCGAAUUCCCAAAUGAUCCACAGAGAGACGGAGACAUUUUAUUCAGUUGAUGCCAGUCAAGAUGCUGGACUCCAGGAGAAGAAAUCCACUUCAGUGAUUUCAGAAUUCCCCCCUUCGACCCCCUCACCCGAGACCGUGCAUCACAAAGAGUCAGCGAGCACCAUGCGAGGGUCCGCCAGCGAUGGUGACUCUCUGUUUAGCCAGGAUUUGAGCGAGGACAGCAUUUUUAAUAAUAAGGCUGAGGACAGCGUCACAGUCACCAGCGGUGUGUCCAUGUCCUACUCGUCCUCCACAGACGACACCUCCAGCCUCGGGACCCCUAGCGCCAUCUCUCAGGCCAGCACAGAAGCUCCUACAUCAGACCCCUGUCAGGAAAAGCCCACAUCUCCUGGAGCUUCACCUGUUUCAGGAGAAAUAGAGGAGGAAGAGAAAAAGGACCACUUGACAGAGGUCCUGGAGCGGUCAGCCAUUUUACGUACCUCCAUACGAUCCCUGUCCCCUUUACGCAGGCACAGUUGGGGCCCCGGCAAAAAUUCAGCGGGGGAGACGGAGAUUAGUCAACGCAGUACGACACGUGGUGAAGUGGAACACAAGUCUGCAGGCCAUAGGAGAAGCAUGAGCUGGUGUCCUUCGGUUGUCCUGCGCUCCGAAAAUGACGAAAUAAAUGAAAGAAGUUACAGCCUGGAAGGACUUGCAGCAGAUAAGGAAGGAAGGAAAAGCCUUAACCAGUGCAUGGGGGAGGCCAGCCAGGAACCAAACUGUCCGUCAAAGCUGGACAGAGAAGAGAGAGGCUCUCUUGUGUCCCUGACAGAAGAGGAACAGGAAUCAGACCUGCGAGACUGCAGCAGUUUGGACAGUCAGAAGCCCAUCCAGUCUGGACGAAGAUGUGUCCCACAUUCACAACCCUUUCUCACCAAGUCUGUCUCCAUGUUGGCCAUCAGUCACAAAGACAUAGAUGCGAUCGGACGGCCGCGACCCAAACGAAGAAUCUCCUUCAGCAUCUCGCCCAUGCUCCCCAAAUCUAAAACUCUCUUUUCUAUUGGCUCUUCAUCCAGUGAUGAGGAGGAGGCAGUCAAACUGGGCUCAUUCACAGGCACAUCAGGAUCUUUAGAGAACUGUAUAUCAGAGGAGGACCCGGGGCCAUUGCGGAGUGACAGUGAAGGCAAAGUUGGAGGAACGAAAGUGAGCAGGACAUUCAGUUACCUCAAGAGCAAAAUGAGCAAGAAGAGCAAGGAGAGGGAGAAAGACAAGAAUAAGGAGCGCGAGCGAGAUACCAAAGACAAGGAGAGGAGAACCUCAAAUGGACAUCUAUUCACUGCGAUCAUGACAAUACCCACAAUCCCCUGCCAACAGUGCAACAAACCCAUCAACACUAAAGAUGCCUUCCUCUGCACCAAUUGCAAUGCACAAGUCCACAAAGGCUGCAGAGAGAGUCUUCCUGUUUGUGCCAAGGUCAAAAUGAAGCAAAAACAGCAGCAGACUGUUCCAGAUUCUGCCUCGAUGCCUGGAGUGACGCUUAGAAGUAAAACCCUCCCAGCACGGGAACGUCCGUGGUCCACCAUCUCUGUUGCUGAUGAUCAGCCCGCUACUCUCGCCCCUCCUCGGAAAAGCCCCAGCAGUAUCAUGUCUUUCAACAGCAACCCGCUGUCCAAGAGCAUGUCCAUUAAUAACAUCGCUGGGCAAAUUGAAGACCCUCCUCUAAAGACUCUGAAGUUUCUGUCCCAGUCGACCGACUCUCUUCACAAGACCAGUAAAGUCAGCGAGUCCACAGAAUCUCUUACCGAUGAGGGUACAGAGAUGAUGGAUAGUCAGCUGAUGGGAGAAUUUGAAGCUGAUGCCAAAGAGCUGGAAGCAGAUUCUUGGAGCUUUACGGUGGACAAGAAAUUCUUGAAACAGCUUAAAAAGGAUGUUAUCAAGAGGCAAGAUGUCAUUUACGAACUCAUCCAGACCGAAAUGCACCAUGUGAGGACCUUGAAGAUUAUGGCUGAUGUUUACAGUAAAGGGCUACUGAGAGAGGUUCAACUGGAGGUUCAGACUGUAGAGAAGAUGUUCCCCAUGUUAGAUGACGUUCUAGACUUGCACACACAGUUCUUCUCACAGCUGCUCGAAAGGAAGAAAGAGUCAGGGAGCCAGGAAGAAGGUGGCUUUGUCAUCCGAAAGAUUGGUGAUGUGCUGGUCUCUCAGUUCUCAGGUUCCAGUGCCGAGAGAAUGAAGAAGGUCUAUGGGAAGUUCUGCAGCAGACACAAUGAAGCUGUGAACUUCUACAAGGAGCUUCAAACCAAAGACAAACGUUUUCAAGCUUUCAUCAAGAAAAAGAUGAGCAGCUCUGUUGUCCGACGGCUAAGCAUUCCUGAGUGUAUGUUGUUAGUCACACAACGAAUAACAAAGUAUCCCGUCUUACUACAGAGAAUACUGCAGCACACGAAAGAAAAUGAGGAAGACCAUGCAGAUGUAACCCAAGGUCUGAAGUUGGUGAAGGAGGUGAUUGCCGCCGUGGACAAUAAAGUAAACGAGCAUGAGAAGAAAAAGAGGCUAAAGGAAGUGUACAGCCGGACAGACAGCAAGUCUAUCAUGAGGAUGAAAAGUGGGCAGAUGUUUGCCAGAGAGGAUCUGUUACGUGGGCAGAAGUUAAUUCACGAUGGACCGCUACAGCUCAAGAACUCAGCGGGCAGACUCAAGGAUGUCCAGGCUCUGCUGCUGAGGGAUGUGAUUGUGUUCCUACAGGAGAAAGAUCAGAAGUACAUAUUCGCAUCCUUGGACCAGCGCUCCACCGUCAUCUCUCUGCAGAAACUCAUUUUGAGGGAAGUAGCCAAUGAGGAGAAAGGACUGUUCCUGAUCACGGCAGGCAUUGAGAAGCCUGAGAUGGUAGAAGUGUACACCAGCUCUAAGGAGGAGAGGAACACAUGGAUGCAGCUCAUUCAGGAGGCCAUGCAGUCAGUACUCUCGAUUUUCUCCAGGGAGGGAGAUGAUGAUGAAGGUGUGCCUAGUGAAAACGAAGAGGACAGAAGACUUCAAGAAAUCAAAGUCAAGGAGUUGAGAGAUCAGCUGCACAAGAGGGAUGAGCAGAUCUUGACUUUACUGGAGGAGAAAGUGAAGUUGUUCAGGGACAUGUGUGACUGUGGCGUACCAGACGAGACCAGCCUUCGCAACAGAAUGCUCUUCAGGGCCACGCCCGAUGACAUCACCAAAGGGCAGCCAAUCAUGAAAGAGGCUCUGAAGGAAGUUGAGACAUUACAGGUUCUGGUAAACGACAGUCUAGGAGGAGCGGUGCAGGAUGGCGUAUGUGCGGCGGGGCCCGUGACUUUGCCACGACGGGCGGAAACCUUCGGAGGCUUUGAUAGUCACCAGAUGAACAUCUCAAAGAGUAAAGAUGGAGACAGAGAGGAGACGGAAGACUCUGCAGAGCUCCGCAGGACUGAGUCAGACAGCGUUCUAAAGAAGGCAAGCAACGCCAACCCCCUGCUCCUACUCAAGAGGAACAACGAGCAGGUUCUUCAGAGCGUCGCUCAGCUCCAUGACCUGCUGAACACAUUACAGGCUGUUGUUAUCCAGCAAGACACCUUCAUCGAGGACCAGCGGCAUGCCCUCAACGAACGCCCCCAGCCCUCUUCACGCCACCCAUCCGUCUCGUCCCUCAACUCCUCCUCUUCCUCCUCCUCAUCACGGCCCAGCUCACUAAUCGAGCAGGAGAAACAGCGGAGCCUGGAGAAGCAGCGGCAAGAAGUCGCCAGCCUCCAAAAGCAGCAGGCUGCCCACGCCGAGGAGAGGAGGCGCAGGGAAAAAGAGUGGGAAGCGCGGGAGCGGGAACUGGCCCAGAGGGAGUCGCAGCAGCAGACCCAAGAGGAAGAGGUGCAGAGGAGAUGGAAAGAGCUGGAAGAGGAGAAGCAAGACCUGCAGAGUAAAAAAGAAGAGUAUCAGAGAGACCUGGCGCGGCUCAGAGACAGCCAGAAGAGACUGGAGAAAGAACGAGAGCAAGUGCAGAGAGAGACCGAGCUGAUCAGACAAACAGAGGAAUUAAGGAAGAACCGGACCCCUUCCACAACGUCUGAGGACUCCUCAAAGUUCCAGAGCACUGGUUCAUUGGACCGUGACCCCUCAGAGGUGGAGCUCUCCUCGUCUCCGUCUGCCAGAGACUUCCUGUCCCGCAUGGACUCCAAACGCAAAGGGAAGAACCUCAGUCUAUUCUCCUCCAAUUCAAGCCAGAAAGGCCAGAACAGCGAGGCGCAGAGCCAGAUCCCCAGCCGCCUGCUACAGCUGGCCAAACCCAAGGAGAAGAAGGACAAGAAGAAGAAGAAGGGAAAAGGGCAGCAGAGCAAGACUGCAGAUUCUCAGAGCGCUGUGGUUCCAGACUCUACCCCGGACGGAGAGAUCUUUUUCUGCUGAUUCGGCCCCCUCUUCAUCUUUCACUAUCCCACAAUGCCUCCAAGCAGGGCUGCUGGUCUCUGGUUGUGGACUUGUAAACCGGAGUUAGAAGCCACAUACCUGUGGUCUCGAAGGGCGUUAGGCCUGGACAGGAAGUUUAAACUGAUUGUUUCCUGUGACCUGAUUUUCAGCGGCCAGCAUACUGCACGUUGCCUUCCAUCCCUCACAUACACCUAUGAACGCAAGCAGGGGCCUGGAGCAGGAGUUUGGGGAACAGAACAUGUCAGAUAAACCCACUGCGGGCACUUUUUCACACAGACUUCCUGUGAAGAUCAAAAAGAGAUUUAUAACAGCAAGAGGCAUCACGCUGAGAGACAGCUGGCUUUCCAACGACCGCAAAAGUCGCUUUCUGAAGGACAUUUGACUAAUGAACAUACUAAUAAUCAAAGUGAGUGAACUCAAAGUGCAGUUGGCAAUGCAGUGAUUAAGUUUCUAUGUUUCCAUCCUUUUUCUUUCAUCCCUGCCAUGUUACAAUGUGCCUCACCAAUAUAGUCUUUUGGACCAGACUUGGUUUAUAUACAGUCCCAAGGUUUUAUUUCUUUUAAAAAGGUCGCAAAAUACUGUUUAUGAAUAGAAGGGAUGCUUUUGAAAACAUUUUAGUGAGCACGACAGAAAUGGAAGUGCAAAAGAGUGUAAGAAUUGUUUUUUUAAUUAAUUUUGUUAAUUACUUUUCCAGUCCUAAAUGACUGAAAGAGAAAAUGAAAAUUCAUGAUUCACUUUGUUGCGACUCUAAAGGCUUCACAAACCCCACAGACGUUUUCUUUUUUUCUUCUAAACCUCAAUGCAAUUUUAAUCCUUAGCACUUUAUAAGCAGACGUCGAGUGGGAAAAAAUGGCUGGCUUUAAAACGAGACAAUCGAUCAGCUCCACUUAACUGGUAAACGGCCUCCUUUGUACGUGUGAGGUUUUAUUUGAUAAUCUUUUACUGUACCAUAUGAAUGUUAUGUAAAUUUGUUCAACCAAACACAUAGCUAGCUUUCACGUUAAGCUACCAAAAGAGCGGGUGUUUUAACUGCAGUAUUUUUGUCUUUUUAAGGUUCAAAUUGAGCGAGAUGAGGGAUUCGGCUUUAUGUAGGCUAACAAAUUCAAGUUGUAUUAGCCACAAAGUAUCGCAGUUCUACGCUCAAGCCAGAAAUGUUGAUUUGACAGGCCAAUGUGGUAAAAGUAUGAAUAUACAUUGUGUUUGUGUAUUAAACGCCUGGUUUGUACUCUCUAAUCACUAGAUUUUAGCCAAACAAAAGCCCUUGCCUGCUGGCCAGGCGAACCGUUCUGCUGAACAUAAGGAAAUAUUUUAAGAAAGGGGAAAUUGUGCAGAUAAAAAAUGUUAAUUUAAGCUUUCUGCUCUGUUUUUAUUUUCUUGCCAUUAAACUUCUACCUAACACGCCUCUCUAAUACAUUAGAGUGAUGAAUGCCUCAUGAUUCAUUUAUUGAUCAGUUCCCUCUGACCUCUUGGGAUCUAAUUCAUACGUCCAAGAGAUUUUUAUUAUCUGUCAGCAUAUUCCCAUAGCUGCUGACGCUGACAUUCUGUUAUGGUGCUAAACUGAGAAUUGAAAUGCCUUAACCAAUAGAGGGCGGUGUGUCCGCUCUGAUUUCCACAGACACUUCAAACUCCCCAAACACAAUGUUUUGUCGGAUAAUUGAGUAAUGUUGAGAAAUUUCAUGCUCACGUUCAACUAGCCUUAAAUAUUCCCCAAAUCCUACAGUGUUUUUCAGUUCCUUUUUAUCGCCAAUUCUUCCUUCAGGGAAACACAUCAUUCAAGAUGAAUUAUUACUAGCACAAUUAAAGCUAGUCGGAAGUAUUCUCGCUCAUUUGGCUCAUAUUGGCUGGCAUAAGAAAUGCUCUAAAGAUAAAUCCAAAUCAUCCCGUUAAUGCAAAUCAAACGUACGUCUGCUUCACGCAAUGGACAUUAUGUAGACACUAUAUUUAAUUAAAAUUUUUCAAAAGUUAAAUUGAUUGUUCUGCUGACACAACAUUUAAAAUACUUUUUUUUUUUUAAAUCCUGGUGUCAAAAUUGUUUUUGUGAAAAUUACACUGCUUUUAUCCCUCACAGUCUCGUUUUCAUUCACGAAAAAUUAAACAUGGCGUCUACCAUCAUUAAGGUCCGUGGUUAGUAAGAGGUACCAUAAUUUCUUGUCACAUUUUGUGUAAAAAAA